CAAAACAGCAGCUGCAGCCAGUUCUGAAACACUCAUUUUGUUUGUUUACCAGAUCAGCAUAGAGUAUUUUGAAAUAUAAAUGUAUUUGAGUCUGAUCGUAUGCCAGUACUGCAUCUCUAGUGCUUGUAAAGAAGACAUCGGAUAUCAAGUUCUCAGACCACACAGACUGUUGUGCAGCAUUAGAGGAUUGGCCAUAUUUUGGCACAAUGAACCUGACCCAGGAACAUCUCUUCUGUCUGGAACUGAUGGCUAAUCGGAAUAUUAAUAUUAUCCUAUGGCAUUAUAAUCUAACUGGGCGUCUGAGUGGGAGAUCAAGCAAAGGAAUUGGCAUUUUCCAUCUGCUAGGCAUCUUCAUCAGUAUAUUAAUUAUCCUGGAAAACCUGUCUGUGUUAGUGGCUAUUCUGAGGGAUCCGCGUCUGAGACGUUGGGUUCACUGCUGUUUGGGUAACAUUGCACUGAGUGACCUUAUGGCUGGUAUCUUCUACCUACUGAACCUCUUUUUGUCGGGUGCUACAACAUUCCGCCUGAGCCCAGCUCUCUGGUUCCUGAGAGAAGGUUUACUCUUUACAACAUUGGCAGCUUCAACGUUUAGCCUUCUUGUAACAGCAGUGGAACGCUACUGCACUAUGGUGAUACUGGUUACGGAGAAUAACUCUGUGAAGAGUAUGAGGGUGCAGGGUCUUAUUGUCCUGUGUUGGGUUCUAGCUGGAGUGGUUGGAUUCCUACCACUGCUUGGAUGGAACUGCCUUUGUGAGAUUGAGAGCUGUUCCAGUCUUCUUCCUCUCUACUCCAGGAAUUAUUUAUUCUUCAGCAUCAUGUUGUUGGGUGUUACCUUGCUUGGCAUCAUUGCUGCCUACUGUACAAUCUAUUAUUUGGUGUGUACCAGUGGAAAGCGGGUUACAGAAACCAACAGUAGUCGGCGUUCAUUUCAUCUUCUGAAGACUGUCCUUAUUAUUUUGAGUGCAUUUGUUAUUUGUUGGAGUCCAUUGUUCUUCUUUCUUAUAGUGGACUUUACAUGCUCACCCCCAUCUUGCAAAUCUCCUCUUGGAUUAGAAUGGGUUCUGGCUGUGGCAGUCUUAAACUCAGCCAUAAAUCCACUGAUCUACUCCUUUAGGAGCUCAGAAAUGCGAAGAGCAGUUCUGGAGCUCUUCUGCUGCAUUUGCAUCCGAACAGGAAUGAAACUGCCUGCAUGCUGCCAGCUUGGCACAGAGAUUAUGUCUGGUUCCUCUAAUGAGGGUUCAAAUAAGUACAGAAGCAAUGUGCGUCUUUCACGGGCACAUAGUAUCAGAAGCCCUCUUACUAGUAUUUCAAGUGCACCAAGUCAGUAGAGACAGGUGUUUUUUUGCUUUAAUAUGAAAUUGCUAAAAAGCAGAACAGAUAACACAGUUUGACGAUAAUGUGCAGUGACCGUGAAUUGAACUGUCUGCUGUCCUGUAGACUAAAGUCACUCUUUACAACCAGUGGAAUCUCUCACCA